AGUAGAGAGCAGGAAAAUCCGAUUCCGAAAAAUCAAAACGAGAUUCAACAACAAGCAAUAACAAUCCACGAGAGCGGCGAAUCAUCUCAGGAAAAUUGAAAACCUAUGAUUCCGAUGGGGGCAAAGGAUUUUCUGGGAGGAGCUGGACCUAGUAGCCUAAAAGGAAAGGCUUAUAAUGGCUCGGCCAAGAUGGAUAUCGAUGAUGAUGAGGAGGAGGAGGAUAUUGAUGAUAUGGAGGUUGAGUCAUCUGGUUCGGAUGAUGAGCCUCAUAAUUCUUUGCAAGGAUUGAAUGAGGGUUCUGUGAAAGAAUUCUGUAAAAAGGCCACAAGAGCAUUUUUCGAUGAGUAUGGUUUGAUUAGCCACCAGAUCAAUUCGUACAAUGAUUUUGUUAGACAUGGCAUUCAGAAGGUGUUUGAUUCGUUUGGGGAGAUCCUUGUUGAGCCCGGAUAUGAUCCAUCAAAAAAGAAUGGUGAUUGGAGGCGUGGUUCAAUCAAGUUUGGGAAGGUCACUCUCGAAAAACCCAGAUUCUGGCCUGGUGAAAAAUUCCAGUCGGUUGAUGGUGCUAGGGUUGAUUUGGAGUUGUAUCCUCGACACGCUCGUCUUCAGAACAUGACGUAUUCCUGCCGGAUCAAAGUCAUGGUACAUGUUGAGAUCUAUGAGGAAAGCUUCGGCCGAAGUGAUAAGUUCCAAACUGGUACGGAAACAGGGGUUGCAAAGACAGAAGUGACGAGUUUUGAUAAAGAGCUUAUGUUCGGUAGACUUCCAAUCAUGGUGAACUCAGACUUGUGCUGGAUGAAUACAUCUGAAAAAAGGGAUUGUGAAUUCGACCAAGGAGGAUAUUUUGUAAUCAAAGGCACUGAGAAGACUUUCAUUGCACAAGAGCAGAUAUGCCUUAAAAGGCUUUGGGUGUCCAAAGAACCUACUUGGACUAUAGCAUAUCGACCGGUUUUUAAAAGAAGAAGAGUUUACGUGAAGUUAGUUCCAAGAAUGGAGCCGAUCAUAGGCGGGGAGAUGAUCCUUACAGUUUACUUUUCUGUUUGUGAAGUUCCAAUGUGGCUUCUAUUCUUUGCUUUGGGGGUUCAAAACGACAAGGAGGUUCUGAAACUUAUCGAUCUUGACGUUGAGGAAGAUUCCGUCAUCGCAAAUAUACUUCUUGGAACAAUUUAUGAUGCCGACAAAAAGCAUGUUGGUUUCCGGAAGGAUGGGAAUGCGCAAAAAUUCAUCAGGGAACACAUGAUGAAAUCUAAGUUUCCCCCGGCAGAAUCGGUGGAUGAAUGCAUAAGGAACUACCUCUUUCCUAACCUUAAAACCCCUAGGCAGAAGGCGUGUUUUCUUGCGUAUAUGGUUAAGUGUCUCCUUGAGGCUUACAGAGGACGCCGUAAACCCGAUAACAGAGACGAUCUUAGGAAUAAGAGGUUGGAGUUGGCCGGGGAGUUACUUGAGAGAGAAUUGAAAGUUCAUAUCAAACACGCCGAGAGGCGCUUGGUUAGAUCUUUACAAAGGGAUCUCGACAAGGAGCGCGAUGUUAAUGCCGACAAUUUCGAUCAGUACCUUGAUGCAUCGAUUGUUACUAAUGGUCUUUGCAGAGCCUUUUCCACCGGGGCGUGGUCACAUCCUUACAAGAGAAUGGAGAGAGUUUCGGGCGUUGUGGCUACUGUUCGUCGAACGAAUCCAUUACAGGCGACAGCUGAUAUGAGGAAGACUCGCCAGCAAGUUUCUUACACCGGAAGAGUUGGCGAUGCAAGAUACCCACAUCCGUCUCAUUGGGGUAAGAUUUGCUACAUCUCUACUCCCGACGGCGAAAAUUGUGGACUGGUUAAAAAUCUUGCGAGUACGGCGCUCAUCAGUACAAAUAUUCUGGAACAAAAGUCGAUUAUUAGGACGCUUCACAAGUGUGGAAUGGAAAAGUUGGAUGAGACUUCUUCCAAUGUUGAUGGAAAACAGAAAAUUUUUCUCGACGGGGAUUGGGUCGGCGUCUGCAAAGAUUCUUCGUCCUUUGUCUCUAAGCUGAGAAGCAAACGCCGUAGAUCGGUUCUUCCUCAUCAGGUAGAAGUUAAAAGGGACGCGACCAAUGGAGAAGUGCGGAUAUUUGCCGAUGCUGGAAGAAUCCUCCGUCCUCUUUUAGUCGUAAAGAACUUGAAGAAAAUACGUGACUUGAAAGGGGGAUUUUCAUUCGGGACACUUCUACAAACUGGAAUAGUCGAGCUUGUAGGAGCCGAGGAAGAAGAAGAUAAUCAGACGGCGUGGGAAAUAAGAUACCUUUUCCGGUCAGAGCUGGAGAACCUUUUCUCAGCCGUGAAGUACACACACUGCGAGAUCGACAGUUCGUUCUUGUUGGGGUUGAGCUGUGGCAUUAUCCCGUUCGCAAAUCACGAUCACGCGAGGAGAGUUCUGUACCAAUCUGAGAAGCAUUCGCAGCAAGCUAUUGGGUACUCGACGACGAACCCGACGAUCCGGGUCGACACGAAUUCGCACCAGAUGUAUUACCCCCAGCGGCCGCUUUUCCGGAGUUUUCUUGCGGACAACCUCGGAAGUUCGAGGUACAACCUCCACAAGGGGAUGGUGCCGCAUCCCGAGUACUUCAACGGGCAGUGUGCGAUCGUUGCCGUCAAUGUCCAUCUCGGGUACAACCAGGAGGAUUCGUUGGUGAUGAACCGUUCGUCUUUGGAACGCGGGAUGUUCCGAACCGAGCACGUGAGGAGCUACAAAUCGGAAGUCGAGAAUUCGGAGGCUGCGCCGGGGAAGAAGGUGAAGGACGACGAGUUAAUCAACUUCGGGAAGAUACCGAGCAAGAUUGGACGCGUCGAUAGUCUCGACGAAGACGGGCUUCCGUACGUCGGUGCGAAUCUGCAAACCGGAGACAUUGUCAUCGGGAAACACGCAGCGUCGGGCGUCGAUCAUAGCAUUAAGCUAAAGCACACGGAAAAGGGUAUGGUUCAGAAGGUCGUCCUUUCAGCCAACGACGAAGGAAAGAACUAUGCAGUCGUAUCACUUCGACAGGUGCGGUCCCCGUGCCUCGGCGACAAGUUUUCGAGCAUGCACGGGCAGAAGGGUGUCCUCGGAUUUCUCGAGUGUCAAGAAAACUUCCCUUUCACACAACAAGGUAUUGUUCCCGACAUUGUAAUAAACCCGCAUGCAUUUCCUUCUCGACAAACGCCAGGUCAGCUCUUGGAGGCUGCUCUCGGGAAAGGGAUCGCACUCGGAGGUCAUCUGAAACAGGCGACCCCGUUUUCUACACCGUCGGUUGAAGACAUAACAAGCCAACUUCACAGGCUCGGGUUUUCCCGUUGGGGGCACGAGAGGGUGUUCGACGGGCGAACCGGCGAAAUGGUACGGUCCCUAAUCUUUAUGGGGCCGACGUUCUACCAGCGGCUGACCCACAUGGCUGAGGACAAGGUGAAGUUCCGGAACACGGGGCCGGUCCACCCUCUGACCCGGCAGCCGGUGGCUGACCGGAAACGGUUCGGCGGGAUCAAGUUUGGGGAGAUGGAGAGGGAUUGUCUUAUCGCGCACGGCGCGGCGGCGAAUCUGCAUGAGCGGCUGUUCACGCUGAGCGACUCGUCGCAGAUGCACAUAUGCCGGAAGUGUAAGAACAUGGCAAAUGUGAUACAGCGGCCGGUGUUUGGGGGGCGGAAGAUACGGGGGCCGUAUUGCCGGGUGUGCGAGUCCGUGGAGGACGUCGUGAGGGUGAAUGUGCCGUACGGAGCUAAGCUGCUGUGCCAGGAGCUCUUCAGCAUGGGGAUCUCCCUCAAGUUUGACACCAAGCUCUGCUGAGCCGAGCCGAGCCGGGGGAUCUCGACUGGUUUGGCUUUCUUUGAUGUUCUUGUUUAUGUUCAUUCGACGACAGCUCUGUUGUUUAGCUGAAAUCUUAAAUCUUCAUGUUGAACUGAAGAAAGGGUGUGUGUGUUUGGAGACUUUGUUGGGUGGGUUCUUUACUCUUUUGAUAUCACAUCCUUGGAAAAAUGAUGAAAGAGGGUAGUUUUUUAUUUUAUUAUUAUUUUAUAUUUAUAUAUAUAUAUUAUAUAUGUUGAUGUU